CUGCCGAAGAAAGUUUGUUGCCGGAAGAUCACCGUGCGUGGGGCAAGAUCCAAGGCAAAUAAACAGGCGAGGCCCAGCGCCUAGGGGUCGUCUGGAGGAUUGCGGUUGCUUGUGUUAGGCCGGAAGGUAUACGGAAAAGCUCACCUUGCAUGAGGAGUAUUGUUAAGAUUUCAAUACAGUGCUGACUGGUAGCAUUCCAGUCAUGUCAGGAAACUAUUAUUUUGCUAUUGUUGGAGACAAAGAUAAUCCGAUUUUUGAAAUGGAAAUAUCGCCACCCACCAAAGAACCGAAGAAGGAAGAUCACAGACAUCUGAGCCAGUUCAUCGCCCAUGCAGCACUGGAUUUGGUUGAUGAACAGAUGUGGAAUACUUCAUCAAUGUACUUGAAGGUCGUGGACAAGUUCAACGAAUGGUUUGUGUCGGCAUUUGUGACUGCCUCUCGCAUGCGGUUCGUUCUGCUGCACGACGUCAAAAACGAAGAUGGGAUCAAGAAUUUCUUCCUUGAGAUGUAUGAAACGUAUAUUAAGCACUCGAUGAACCCAUUUUAUGAGAACAACACGCCCAUUAAGAGUUCUGCCUUCGACAAGAAGGCCCAGCUCUACGGACGGAAGUACCUGACCAGCUGAUAGUUCCCUGGCUGCCUCUGUUUCCAGCUGUCCAGUCGCCUGGAGUCGAGGGGGAGGGGAUGGGGGGGGGAG